AUUUCCGGCCUCAAAAUAGUUACGAAAGUUAAAAGAGCUUCAGCAGCCAUCGUGUCCUACAGGUCAAAACAGACGUCGGAUAUAGCCGUAACAAAUAAACAGCUGAUCCAGUUAAAACUCCAUACACGUCGCGGUGUAUGUCCUCUGCCCCCGACGAACGAAGCCUUCCGUCCUUGCCUUUUUGCAUGGACUUAUGUAAGGUCAACAAUAGCCGGCGCUAGGCAGUUAACGCUAGCUAACCUGCGAGACAGUUUCAACGUGCGCUGGAAAACGUCUCGGAUAACAGCAUUUCUACUGUGUUUUGCUACAGUGGUGGGUCCUUAACUCAGAAUGCACUCGGACCUGUCGCCUCACCUGCACACAGAUGAGUGCAACAGACUAAUCGCUCUCCUGAGGCAGUGCCACGCAGAGCACAGUGUCCUCAGGUUCAUUGGCCAGUGUAAUGAUGCAGACCGUGUUAUGCGACAGUGCCUGAAGAAAGAGAGACUAGAAAAGCGAGCGAUCAACAUGCAGCAUUCAAAAGAGAUGAAAAGAAAGCUGAAGGAAGCAUCCAAGCAUUCAUGAAGAGCAGCUUUGACACUGGGGCUGAAAGAAUUCAGACACUGGAACAAUGACAGAAGCGCAGCAGCAGCAACGUUGAGUGGUCUCUCAUUUAACCAAUGGUUUGGUGGCAGUACGUCGUAGGAGUGUAAUGAUACUGUCGUGCAAUGACUGAAGCUGAGGCUUCAUUUCAGAGUAGCCAAGAGGCAUCAAAAAUAAUUUUUUGAAUCGGAGAUUGUUUUAUUUUUCAAAUAAAGUGGCGUUGAAUGCA